GUAACACAGUAGCAAAACUGUCACCUAAAAUGAACUUUGUCAGUAAGAUCUUGAAUUGUCUAAAGUGUUUUUAAUUUAAAAUAACUGUGAAAUUUUGAAUUAUGUUUCUGAUCUCUAUAAAACACAAAGUUGUUGUAUACUUUAAAAUUAAUGCCUAAUGACCUAGUAAGAAUCCCAAAUAAUAAGUGAUUGCCCUUUUCUUUCUUAUUUUCCAAAGUCCCUAACCUAAUCAUGCCUUAAGAAUAUUGUUCAGUUUGCAGAUAUCUUUAGCUGAAUCUAAAAAUGUGUACCAGAUAUUCAAAACUGAGUUAAAUCUGAGAUAUAAGUAUGUUCUACUUCUUUACUUACUGCUCUUAUGACCUUAUAAACCAAUGUUAAAUGCAGAGGAUUCAGUGAAGGUCUCUUAAGUUUCUUGAUGGUGCCUCCCUAAAAUGUUUUACAGCUGUAAAAUAUUUUUUUUCUUGGAAAGGGAAAAGCUUAAUAGUUACAGUUUUGUGAAGAAGACUUUAACCCAAGUUUUAUGUGAUGAUUAUAAAUAAGAACUCAUAGUUUUUUUUUUUUUGUUUUGUUUUUGUUUUGUUUUUUAAAGAGAGAGUGAGAGAGAGAGAAUUUUUUAAUGUUUUUUUAUUUUUUUUUUUAGUUUUCGGCGGACACAAUAUCUUUGUUUCUAUGUGGUGCUGAGGAUCGAACCCGGGCCUCACACAUGCCAGGCGAGCGUGCUACCGCUUGAGCCACAACCCCAGCCCCUCAUAGUUUCUUAAUUUGUAGAAGAUGGAAACUCAGCUAAUGCUAUUCCUCUUCUCUUUUUUUACAAAUCUGGUUUUUUUCAAUACCAGUGAUCAAUUUUGUCUUAACUUUUGUUAUAAUUUUUCUUUUCAUUGUAUAUAAUAGUCACCAAUGUUAAUUAAGAAUAUGAAUUUCUAGAACCCCUGAAAAGUGGUAUAUUUUUAUUAAAAAGAAGAGGAAGUUAGUCAUUUAAUUACCUCAUUCUGAAAAAAAAAGAAAUAUGUUUUUAUUUUUAUAUUUUAAAAUCAGUGAUGUCACAGUAGAUUUUCUUGUAUAUGCGUGCGUUAUAAUAAACUUACACUUGUUUACCUAUCUUUCCAGAAACCUAUAGAAACUAGUACAAUUCUGAACUCUUGGCUUCUCACUCAACUCUUCUGGGGCAGCUAGAGCACUGGAGUCAUCAGCUGUGGUAGAAGUAGACGAUAGACAGGAAAGCUGUGCUGAAAGGCAGAAUUCUGCUUAGAGCAUAGGGUAACCAUUUUUAAGAGAUAUUGAUUCCAGAGGGACAGAAUUGGAGGAGUAUGCUUACCAAUUUCCCUGAAUUCGCAGCAAAGGUGGGAGACUGUUCAGACUACAAAUGUGAAAGAAUUUUUAGGUCAGGAUCCCAGGGAGAUAAGAAAAGCAAUGUUUAAAAGACAGUCUUUCUCUUUUCCUAGGAAAUCCCAAAAAAGUCUGUGUAGGGAAAGUGUGUAACUGUGAACCUUCCAAGGAAGAGAACCAAUAUUCCUUGUAAUCAUGAGGAAAAAAAUGCCAUGUUAGAAAGACUUUUUCAUACCUAGAAGUGGGGAGGUAUCUGAAAAUAGGUAGAUUGAUAACUUGAAAUUAUACUUGAAAGUAAUUAAUGGCAGAGAUCAAGGUUUCUCUCCCUUUGGUUUAAAUUGUGUAUGUGCCCCUGACUUGCUUUACUCCACCUCCCCCGGCAGCUCCUCAGCCCUGGAGAUGUUUCACAGGGUGUCCAACUAAACUUCUAAACUCCGUUUUAUCACCUCACUCAUUUUUCUGCCUUACCUUUCCUCCUCCAGGAUGUGAGUUCUUUAAUUUAAACUUUCAGGAAGUAGAAAUCCACACCAUCAUAUUAUGGCCCUUUAUUUCUGUGCCUUUGUUUCCUCUGAAAUAUAGUUUAUCAGUAAAGCCAUUCCUUAUGAAAAUGUAUUGCUAAAACAUUACCAUAAAAAUUUAAAAGUCAUUUUAUAAAGAACUUGAAUAUUUCAACUAAAAAUUGAAAAUUUUCUCAUAAAAUUAAUAUAGUAGAAAAAAUGACUUCAGAGUUAAGAGACAGGUUCAGAUUAUGACUGCACUGUUUUAGUUAUUUGCAGAGGUCAAAUAACUUCCUAGAACUUCAGGUUUUCAUCUAUAAAGUAGGAGUUAAACUACUUCACAGGGUUGUUGUGAGGAGUAAACAAAAUAACUCAUAAAAGCACCAGCAGAAGAGUUUGUCUUUAGUAAUACUUAUCAAUAAGUGUUUUUUGAAUCUGGCAAAAAGAAAAAAGAAAAGAAGAAGUUGUAGAACACAAGCUUGUAUGGGUUAAAGUCUAAAAGCAAAAGUGGGAAUGUUCCAGUUCAUUUAUUUAUUUUCUUUGUUUCUGUAUGCCUAGAGGGAAAUCAGUUUGGCUUGUUUCCUGUGCCAGAUUUCUAAAGGGAGGAGUAAAGAAUCCAGUCCUACCAUGGUGCAGCAGUACAUAAUCACACAUAGUAACUUGGUGUGGGGUUUGUUUUGGUUAUUGAAAUGACAAUUAUUCCUAGGAAACAGGAAAGAAUGGUUUCUUAUUGCUCCACAGCCACUAAACUAAAAGCCUAUCUUUGCUCACAGACCCUCUGCUUGCAGGGUGGCUGACUUUUUAGAGGGUGGAGCAAAAGAUUUUUUUUUCCUGCUUGGGGCAUUCUAUGGUCAGUGUACAAGGGUUGCUGUAGCAACCCCACAGCUGUGCUCUACUUAGCAGAACCGUGGUAUGUUUUCAUUGAUUUUGUUCACUUAAGUGAAAAACAGAGUUGUUUGUUUUCUGUUUAAUUAGAAAUUGAAAAAAAUGGAAUUUGAACUUUCUAGCCAAGGCAGGUCUCAACUUUGAUAAAACUGUGACACCAGACGUUCCACUGUUUGAAGCAUCAGGGAUACGGAAAAAGAGCAAAUGCAAAACAUGGAUGAAAUUUAUAAGAUCACUUCCACAGAGAGGACCCAGCUAUUGGAGAAAGAACUGGCGGUGCAAUUGAGUGAACUGAAGUCUGAAAUAGAAGAACAGGAGCUCCUUCAGGGAACAGCUCAUCGAGCUUACAGCUCUGUUAAAAUACCAAAGGACAUCUCUUACUUUAGAAGAGAAAGGGAACUGGCACUGAAGAAAACCUUACAGGUGGCUGAGCCGAAGCCCCUUGUUAUUCAGGCAGAUGUCCUGCAGAGGGAGCUAGAGAGCUGCCUAAGAAGAGAGUACUCACCUGAAAAUUUGCCUUUGCUUCUGCUGCAGUAUUACACAGAGAGAAUUACCCAGUUGGCCCAGUGUAAAUAUUUACACAUGGUUAGGUGGAAGAGGUUUUGCCAGCAGAGUAAGACCAUGGAGCAACUUCAUCCUCUUUACAAGAAACGAGUUGGCUACAUUAUGCAGGAAUACAGUGAUGCUGUCCAGAGAGCUGAAAGAUUAUCCAUUGCUCGAGAAAACUUCCUUAUGGGAAAAAAGAAUCCUCCUAACAUAGUGAUGCUGGAAGAUGUGACAAUUUACACAAGGUGGUUAGUGUGUCACCUACACUCUUUCAGGACUGUUCACCACUAUCUACAGGCCCUUCAGUAUUUGCCCAUCUCCAACAUGCUGAGUCCAGCUGACAACCAAGACCCUGAGGCUGGUCAGGAAAAUGACAAGGUCUGUGUCAAUGACAUGGACCCCAACAUCCAGGGUCCUGCAUCUUUUGGCCUGGUGGAUACUAGCAUUUCAGGGCCAAUGAGAACAGACGCUGAUUUCAUCCUGCCCCAACACACAACAGAAACAGGAGAACUGAAACCUCAGCUGAGGCUCCUGUUGUCACACUUCCAUAUCCCAUACGACCUGCAGGAGCUAAGGAACUCUGCUAAGGAAAUGGAACUUUUUUCAAUGGUUUUCCAAAAAUUUCAAAGCAUCUUCACAGAGCAACAGAGAAUGCAGAUGUUUCCAGACUAUGAGGCUGGAACAGCUAAAGCAGAGAAUUUGUCAGGACCACCUAUAGCCCUGAAAAAGAGAGCCAACUGGAUUUCCUUUAUAAAGAUCAAACCAAAAUGUGAUCCUUGGCAGAAGAAGAUGUUGACCAAACUAAAAGAAAGGAGAAGAAUAGAUGUAUUAAUGCAACUCCAAGCAAAGUUUUUGAAGAUCUCUAACCCCAAGCGAGUAAUGCAAGUACUCCAGGAUCAUGCUGCCAAGAUAAUCAUGCUGUCUCCGCACCAUCCGUCUUUCAUGUCUUCCCAGAGUUCGCUUCAGUGCAACUAUGACCAGAUCUGGGAGAACAUUUAUAGCAAUGUCAACCUCUACCAGAAUGCAAAUAUGAAGGAGAAUGACCUUUCAGUGGAACAAAAUGAAAAUGUGCUAACACGAAUAAGUCUCAGUCAAUGUGCUGAUGGGCCUCUCAAGCAGAAAAAAGAGACAGGGUACAACUAUGCAAUGGCCCUACAAGUGCUGGGCUUGGAUGAUGAAGCCGAGCUCAGUGACGGGAACCCUGUCUCCAUGAAAGGGGCCUACUUGUCCUUUCUGUGUCUGCGCCACCUGCGAAUCAGGUCGCUGCAGCGUACCUGCUUGGGAAUUAUGAACUAUUUCAGAUCUGUCGAGCGAACUUUGACAAUCAAUACUUCAGGCCUUACCUUGGUUUCAGGGAAACUGGUCCCCACUAUGGAAGAUAGUUCUUGGGUUAAUGUGACACAAGGAGGCUUGGGCACCUCGCAAGGCCUGGGAGCUCACCACUAUGUCCAUGGGACAUCUGCUGAGCACAAGGUCCACAGUGUUCAGUUCAUGGAGUUCUCCGAAGUGGAGUAUGAGGAUUACUAUUACAGCACAGAAGACGGCAGUAUCCACACCCAGGACCAGCAAGGGGUGCAUAUUAUGUACGACGAAGCCUUAAGGGAUCUGGAGGAACUCGAGGCAGAGCUGCUGCUUGUGGCCAGCCAUUACAUUGAGAAAGAAAAAGGUCUCAAAGAGGGCAGCAAGUCAAAGAGUGGCCAGGAUUGGAGAUGGACCCAUGCAGGUGUGGACAGAUUUGCUGUUCUGUAUGACAUAUGGACAUGGGAAGCAGCUCUCCUAGAAAACAAACGUCAGCUUCUUGAUAGUUACUUUGAAGCCUACCAGCACACGUUGGACCCUGAGGAAAGGUUUGCCUUAGCACAAGCGAUGACUGACAUUAUGCAUCGGCGCCCCAAGUUUGAUCUUGGCCACCCUUAUUUCAUUAAGGCCUACCAAGACGAAUGCACCUGCCUGAGGCUUCACCUGCAGCUAAUAAAGGGCUUCCUUAACCAUCAGAUGGAGCGCCAGCGGGAGUACUUACAGAGGCUCUGGCGAGAUGAUCAUCCAGAUGAUCGCAAAAAAUUCGGACUUCCCCUUAACAUCAUUUGUAAGCAACUUAUUUCCAUCAACAACAGCUGCCCAGAUUUGAAAAACAUUUAUUUGUUGGAGUUCCACCCUUCCCUGGGCCUGGCAGGGUUGGUCCCCAAAGCCCUGGAGCACCUGUUCAGUGAGGCCUGCCACACCUGCAGGCCCACAUCACCCAGUGGCCUCGCCUCGCUGGAGCGACACAUCCUGCAACUGGCUUUGAACCUGUGGCUCGCGCCAACCAAGCCCGAGAAUUGGUACAGCGAACAGCUCCAGAAAGAUCUGUUUUCAGCUAGAGUGAUGGGAGAUCCCUUUCUCGUGGAAGAGACAGGCCUGCUUGCACUCACAUCCGCAACAGACGAAGGACAGAAACAGGGCCAACAUCCUCACAUGCUGCUCCUGGAGACAUUUUCCAAACUUCUGGAACUCCUGACCCUCCACCACCGUCUGAUUGCAAUGAGUCUUGAGAGUGCACACCUAGCUCGGCACUAUAAGGAAUUGGCUGAGGAGAUGGGGUUUGAAGAGUUCCAUUUAUAUCUGAGGCCCGUUCACUUUGAAUUUGCAUCACCCAGGGACAAAGUGGACCAACCACCUCCUGCCUUUAUAACGUCUCUGCUGGAGCACAGUGGUCAGCUAGACAGAUAUUCUCCCACUACACUUGCCUUAGCCAUCUCUGAGGUGGAUGAUAACCAAGUUGGCAAAUUUAGUUUUUAUACGAAAGAAGCCAUCCUUAAGCUCUUGUCCCAGUCUGGAGUGGAAAAUAUGCAAGUGACCCUCGCAUGUCAAGCUGCUCAGAAAAAUGCUUUGAUGGUGGCAGUUCAACAAGCAUCCUUCUAUCACAGGACAGUGGGCUGUCCUGCUGAUGUCAAGGAAGUAAGUGCAGAACUGAAAAAUCAUGGCAGAAUGAGUCCAACCAGAAGAAGAAAUUCCAGAAUUGUGAAUGACACCGAAAGCUUACUGUUAUCCCCAACUCCAAAAGUCCCAAAUAACCUUACGCACUCUUCAGAAAGAUUUCAGAGGACCAAAAGGGCUCCAGAGGCUUUUGUGUCUAUUCAACUAGAAAAGGUGGGGCUGCGGGACAUGAUGCUGACCGCCUUUCACCUCAGGAAACAGACCAUGGCCGGCAGAAUGAACAGCCCUGAUGAAAUUGGAAAACUCAAGAGGGAUGUUAUAAUUGAAUAUUGUCAAAAGUUUAACCGCCACAUGUCUCACUAUGCUCUUCGGAGUCAGAUCAUGGCACACUGUAAUAGCCUGAGAGCCCUCCUGGAGGAUUUUCCUACUAUCAGGGAUACCUUUUUCAUGGUGGGGCAACCACAAGAAAAGAAGGGAUCAAGUGAUUCCAAGGAGGGCCUCAAAGCUGACCCCAGGAGUUCUCAGCCUCGGCCUCCAUAUUUGCUGUCAGCGGAUGGAAAAGUCCUCCUCAAUUUAUGGUACAUCCCCCAUCCUUCCGAAGUGCUGGUUAUGUUCAAAACUCUGCCAGAAAAGGAAGCUUUUAGAGCCUUAACACUAACACUACAGUUGAUGGCUUCCUUCCAUGACAUUGUGGCCUACCUUUUCAGUUUUGUUCAACUCGGCAAUUGUCCAGCAGGCUUUGAAUUUCCUGUAAGCCCUGAUCCUUUGAGGGGAGACUGGGGAGGAACAGAGAACAUUGGGUCUGAGCUUCAAGAGCUGCAGAAAAUGCUUGACAGCCUCAAGAGCCCCCAGGACCCGACCCAGGUGGCCCAGGCCCUCCUCCUCCGCAGGGAUGUUAUGUUUCUGCAAUUCGAUGCUGCAGUGAGGCAUGUCAUCCGAAGAAUAUUUUUGGCAGCUGGAAAUAUUCCCGCCUACCAGUCUGUCACCGAUGGCAUGUGUCAUGGGCUGCCACCGCUGAGCAACUCUCUCAGGAAGAGCAUUUUUGCUUCACAGCUUGGCCUGCCCCAGCCGCUGGAUCCACGGAGCCUCCAGGCAUCUGUGCUAUUCCCCUGGAGAGCAUUUCUGGAAGAUGGAGGGCCAUUUCCUGUAAUAAGUAGCAGCCCAGAUAUCCUAGAGUAUAAUAUGCAGCUGUGCCUUUGUGGGCUGAGUGACCGUGACCGCAAGGUGGCUCAUGGAGAGCUGGUGGGUGUGCAACUGCUAAUGGAAGAUGUGCUAAGCAGCUGUCAUAUGACCAUGGAGGAUCCCCUUGGAUGGCAAGCCAUACUGGACAAAAAUACACAGCCAGAGUGGUCCAAAGUGCCAGGAAUCAAAAGUCAGUUCCAAAGCAGCCCAAAGAUUUCCAAGCUGCUGGAGGGCCGGUGCAAUGUGGUGACGUCCUUUGCUCUGCUGAGAUCGUUUCUGAUGCUGUGGAAGCAGCUGGAAGUACUGAAGGAUCACUGGGGCCAGCUGAAGCUGGGAGACCAGGACAUCAGCUCUGCCUCCUUCCACAAACAGUACUCGGAGCUCUAUGAAGCUGACAUUCUCUACCCCAGCAUGAAAGCUAUAGCUAGGCAGAUGGGGAAAGAAGAUGAAUUUGAAAGACUUAUAAUAAAUAGCCAGUCUAUUCUUCCCCCCAAAGGAGCUUCAGAAAUUGAAAUAAAAACUCAGCAGCUUCAGAAACUUCUGGAAAAUAUUGAAAUUCAUAUGAUCCAGGAGGUCUUAAGAAAAGUUAAUAAAGAGAUGACACUGGUUUUAUCAGAAAAGUCCAAGAAAGAGUCUACUCUCCCAACAGAUCUUUGGAAACAUCAAGUCAUGAAAGAAAAUUUUUCAGUUGCAAGACCACAAAUAGUUGAGAAAUUUAUACAGAAAUUAAUGGAGAAUUACCAGGAUAGUGGACCAGAGAUCACCUUCAGGAAAGACCACCUUGAGGCCUGCCUCCUUUCCUUGGGUUGUGAUGUGAUGGCAAGAGAACGCAGCAACUUUGAGACCUACUCCAUGUGUUAUGAGCAUGUGUUGCAGCACACUAGGCAGAAGCUCUGCCAGAAGGAGCAGGAACUAGAGGUGUUACAAAGAAGUCAAGUGCCACCUGAAGACCAUGCUGAUCAGGUUGCAGAGCUCAGUCAUGAUAUGAUCAUGGAAAUCACUGCUCUGAGAGCCCAACUCACAGAUUUGGAAGAGGAGAACAUAAAUCUCAAAAAGCAAAUUAAAGAAGAAGUCCAAGAAGAAUAUGAAGCAUUGGUUCAAGCUUUGUUUAUGACCUGUUUACACAGAAAAGAGAAGCUGAAUGAGAAUUGGCUUAAUUUGACCCAGAAAGUGUGUGAGCUCAUCAGUGAAGUGAGAACAGAAGGGAUCACCAAUAUGAAGGAGCUAAGGAAGAAAUGGGGCUCUGCCAGGCCUGAUGAAGGAAUAAAAGAAAACGCAGCCAAGGAGCAGCUUUUGGCCUUGGAGCAGGACAACCGCAGCCUGGCUGCCCUGGUGUGCAAAGUGAGGAGUCUAGGCCUCUGGAGGCAGGCUGUGCAGCAGACACACUUCCGGGGCCAGCUGAGCAGGGCAGAGAAGGAAUCUAUUCGAAGUAAAAAAGAAUGUUUGCGCAUCAAGCUAAUGGCAGAGCGGGAAGCAGGUUUAUUUCGCCAACAGUUGCUAGCUCUCAGGCAGGCCCUGGCCAGUGCUCAGGCUGACAAUGCCAAGAUGUGGAAGCGGCAGGAUGACCAGGCCCAGCUGUUGAAGGAGCUAGAACACAGAGUGACCCAGGAAGCUCUCACCCGGCAGCAGUUAGAUGUCAUAAAAACAUCCAGCAUGGAGAAGCUCUUGGAAGAAGUGGGCCACAAAGAACAGCAACUGCAGCUCCUCACCGAAGAGGCCGAGAGGGCUUCGAAACUGGGCCAGCUUCAGCGGAGAAAGAUGGAGCGAGACCUCCGACAGACGAGAAGCCGACUUGCCCAGGAGCGCAGUGUGAAGCUGGAUGCUUUCCAGCGCAUAGAAGAGUUACAGAGUCAGCUUCCUGACACUGAGCAGCUGUCCAUCCAGAGGAGCUCCCCAGGCGGCCUUAUAUCCCAGGCUCACUGCUCCCUAAGUUCUGCUUCUACAUUAUCCAGAUACUCCCACCAACAUUUUUUAAAGACUAAUCUUAUGGGCAAUAAAAUAACAAGAAGAAUUCAAAGACCCAAGACUGUACCCAUUAAACACAAAAAGAGGACUGAUAAGGUUUUCCUACCCAAUGUGACAGGAGAUGUCCAACUUACAGCUUUUCAAGUCCAAACAGCUCCAUCCAGAAUCCCAUUUGGAUCUGAUUGGUAAUCACAUCUUUUCCCAAAUUUUAUUUCUAUGAGCAUUUGAAUGAAUAAAAAUGACUCUUACCCCCA